AUGACUUUACCACGUGGUACAUUUGUACACGACCUUCUGAACUGGUCCAUCUAUUACAUUUUAGGCAAGUCUACUUUUGGAAUAACAGUGAAUGAACAUAUAGAGCUUUUAAGCUACUAUUCUGCAACUAAUCAUGGUUCGUUUCUUUUUCUCCAGGUGAUAGAAACACUCUCAAAACUUUCCCGCACUCCUAUUGCAAUUGGCACAGGAAUAAGGCCCUUCCCUACAGAAGAAAGCGUUGAUGAUGAAGAUGUCUACAAAUGUCUCCCUGAUUUGAUAGAUGAAACUGGUGUUGAUGAAGAUGAGGAGCUGUAUGAUUGUGUCUAUGGAGAAGAUGAAGGUGGGGAGGUUUAUGAAGACCUAAUGAAAGAUGAAGCAGCGCAGCAACCUAAACAUACUGAGAAUGAUGUAAGAAGUUGUUGUCUUGCUGAAAUAAAACAAACUGAAGAGAAAUACACUGAAACUCUGGAAUCAAUAGAGAAAUUUUUCAUGGUGCCGUUGAAAAGGUUUUUGUCAGCAUCAGAGUUUGAGACUGUUUUCAUCAACAUUCCUGAUUUGGUGAAAAUUCACAGGAGUCUAACACAGGACAUCAGUGAUUCCAUUAUUAACAAAAACGAUCAGAACUUGUAUCAAAUUUUUAUUAGCUACAAGGAGAGAUUGGUUAUUUAUGGACAGUACUGCAGUCAAGUGGAAACAGCCAUAUCAUGCUUAGACAACAUUUCUAAGACAAAAGAAGAUGUUAAAUUGAAGUUAGAGGAAUGUUCUAAGAGAGCCAACAAUGGAAAAUUUACUUUGCGAGAUCUUUUAGUGGUUCCAAUGCAAAGAGUGCUAAAAUACCACCUACUGCUCCAGGAGCUGGUAAAGCACACUACAGAUCCCAUGGAGAAAACAAAUCUAAAACUGGCGCUUGAUGCAAUGAAGGACUUGGCUCAAUAUGUAAAUGAAGUGAAAAGAGAUAAUGAAACACUCCGUGAAAUUAGACAAUUUCAACUAUCAAUAGAGAAUUUGAAUCAUUCCCUCUUACAGUAUGGAAGACCUCAGGGUGAUGGGGAAAUAAGGAUAACUACGUUAGACAAACGUGCGAGGCAAGACAGGCAUAUAUUCUUGUUUGAUCUGGCUGUAAUUGUUUGCAAACGGAGAGGUGAUAAUUAUGAAAUGAAGGAAAUAAUAGAUCUUCAGAAAUACAAAAUUACAAAUAACCCCACUACUGAUAAAGAAAAUAAAAAGUGGUCUUAUGGCUUCUACCUCAUUCAUAUCCAAGGUCAAAAUGGGUUAGAAGUUUAUUGCAAAACUAAAGAUUUGAAGAAAAAUGGCUUGAACAAUUUCAGAUGGCUCUGUAAGUAUUUGUGUUUAAAGCAAAAUCAUGUUACUCAAGUGUGGGAAUGUCACUUAAAUUAAACUACAAUACCUAUCUUUUAUUUUUUAAUAUAGGUUAGUUAUCUAUUUUGUUUGACGUGACUUUGCUUGACUUUGAAAAACAAUAGCGCUGACACAUCUUCAUGAAUGUGGUAUUUACUUGAAACUCCUCUUGAAAAAGAAAGAGGGCACCCUAGACUAUGUAUUGCCAAAUUUGCUGUUAAGACUACUUCAGUAAUGCUGUCUUAUACAGCUGGGGGAAAUAAUUAUUUUAGCAGUAAAGAUAAAUCGUUCUGAUAACUUUUCCGUUCCCAUUUUAAUUUUGAGUAGUUGAAAUAUAUUUUUGAAAGAUGAUGCAGAAGCUAAAGAGAGUGGAUUCUGGCAUUUUUCUAGGUGGUUUUUAACAAAUCUGUUGGUUAGUGUUUGGAAUAAGUUGCUCAACUUGGUACAUUUCAUUUCAAAAGCCUGAUUUCCUCUGUAUAUUUUUAACUAAAAAGAGCAGACUGCUUUAGACUUCUCAAAGUUGUUCAGAUGAAGCACUGCAUGUAACAUUAUUGGUAUGCAGCAUGAGCUUUAUUUCCAUAUCUGAUUCUUCUUGGAAAGACAACUAUGAUUAUUGACACCUCAGAUAUUCUUAUUACACGUAAAAGAAGUGAACAAGGGAAUUGGAUGACAAAGUGAUGCAUGAUUUAUUUAAAAAAAAAAAAAAAA